GGAGAGGGUUAAGAGAAAAGCAGAAAGCAUGAAUUCAGCUAAUUAAGUUAUAAUCUUUAUAAUUAAUGCUUUUACCCAUAAAUACAUUUGUUAUUCUCCUCUCUCAACCAGUCUUGCACGUAGUCUUGAGUUCUUUGGCGAGAAAAAGGAGUGAUAAAAGUACUGAGAAGCCAGAACCCAUGGCUACUGCUAGUGAUUUUGCUCCAAACUUCCUCGUAGUGGACCCUCAUAAGGGAAGAAAAAGAGAUAUAGUUAAGUAUUUGGUAACUAAAAACACGAAGAGUGGGAUGAGCUUUUUGGAUAGUUCAGAUGAAGGUAUUAAGGGUGGUGCAGCAAUUGAUCACAGGUGGAUUUUACUGGUUUCUGUUAUCAUUCGUAGGGUUCUUGCCUUUAUUAAUACUCCAUUGAAGUACCUUGGUUAUGUGGUUGAUUUUGUUCUCAACCUCAUUUCACAAAACGGUGGCGUUUCUGGCAUCCUCGACAACGUUCUUCAUUUAAAGCUGAAGAUACCACGUAGAGGCUCGGAUAAUUUUAUAAGCACCAUUGGACAAUUGGAUGGCCGAAUAGACCUAUACAGGACUGUAAUCUUGUCAGAGAAAGUUGAUGAUUCUAUUUCUACAGAUGUCAACAACAUAAAAGCAGACUUGGGCAACCGAUAUCUAAUGGAUCUUUCUAUUAUGGCUUCAAAACUUGUUUAUGAGAAUGAGAAAGUUAUCAAGCACGUUGUUGAACGUCACUGGAAGAUGCAUUUCGUUGAUUUCUACAACUGCUGGAAUGAAUACCAAAAAGAAAGCAACACCCAAGUGUUCAUAUUCACCGACAAGCCUAGAGAUGCAAACUUGAUAAUUGUUAGCUUCAGAGGCACCGAACCAUUCAAUGCACAAGAUUGA